AUGAAGCUCUUCGCUGUCCUCGUCGCCCUCGCCGCCUCGUCGGCCGUCACCGCGUCCCCCAUCCCCAACGCCGACGCCGCCCCCGUCGCUGAGGCCCAGUCCGGCUGGGGCUCCUCGGCUGGUGGCUCGCCCAGCUGGAAGCGUGACGCCGAGGCUGAGGCCCAGUCCGGCUGGGGUUCGUCCGCCGGUGGCUCCCCCUCGUGGAAGCGUGAGGCUGAGGCCGACGCUCAGUCCGGCUGGGGUUCGUCCGCCGGUGGCUCCCCCUCGUGGAAGCGCGACGCCGAGGCUGAGGCUCAGUCCGGCUGGGGCUCGUCUGCCGGUGGCUCGCCCAGCUGGAAGCGCGACGCCGAGGCUGAGGCUCAGUCUGGCUGGGGCUCGUCCGCCGGCGGCUCCCCCUCGUGGAAGCGUGACGCCGAGGCCGACGCCCAGUCCGGCUGGGGCUCGUCGGCUGGUGGCUCGCCCUCGUGGAAGCGCCAGUCCGGCUGGGGCUCGUCCGCCGGCGGCUCUCCUUCGUGGAAGCGCGACGCCGACGCCGAGCCUGAGGCUGAGGCCCAGUCCGGCUGGGGUUCUUCCGCCGGUGGCUCUCCCUCGUGGAAGCGCGACGCCGAGGCCGACGCCCAGUCCGGCUGGGGCUCGUCGGCUGGCGGCUCGCCUUCGUGGAAGCGCGACGCCGACGCCCAGCCCGAGGCCGACGCCCAGUCUGGCUGGGGCUCGUCUGCCGGCGGCUCGCCUUCGUGGUAA